AUGGCUGGAGCUCUGAAGGGGAUCCCAGGAGGAGAGGAGGAAGUCCGAAAAGAGACAGAUGCCAGCCAUCCCUAUUUCAACUUACCUGACUUCAACCAGCCAUCACCGCCCUCCACUCCAGACAGCUUCCUCUCGAACUCUCACCAUCGCUGCGGGCCCUCUGAUGCCACCAAGGGCCUGUUUGUGGCCCUGCUGGGUGGAGGCCUGUCUGCUGGCUUCGUGGGCCCGUUCUCCCGUAUGGCUUACCAGACCUCCCACUUGCCCUCGUUGGAGCUGCUCAUCUUUCGAUGCCUCUUCCACCUCCCCAUUGCCUUGUUACUUAAGUUUCGUGGUGAUCCGCUGCUAGGACCUCCUGAUGUCCGGGUCCAGGCCUUCCUUCACGCCAUGCUCAAUGUCCUCAGCAUCGGAUGUGCUUACAGCGCGGUGCAGGUGGUGCCUGCCGGCAACGCAGUCACUGUUCGCAAAGGCUCUUCCACCGUGUGCUCUGCCCUCCUAGCACUCUGCCUGGAGAGCCAAGGUCUCAAUGGCUAUGCCUGGUGUGGCCUGUUCGGCAGCACCCUUGGACUAAUCAUCAUCGUGGGACCUGGACUAGGCACAUUGCAAGAGGGGACGACAGGCCUCUACACAGCCCUGGGCUACGUACAGGCUUUCCUGGGAGGUCUGGCACUGUCACUGGGGCUACAGGUUUACCGCUCUCUACACUUCCCCUCCUGCCUACCAACAGUGGCCUUCCUAUUCGGCCUGGUGGGGUUAAUGGUCUCUGUACCAGGCCUCUUUGUGCUGCAGACACCUGUGCUACCCCAAGACCCUCUGAGCUGGAGCUGCAUGGUGGCAGUGGGGCUCCUUUCGUUGGUUUCCUUUGUGUGUGUGAGCUAUGCAGUCACCAAGGCCCACCCUGCCCUGGUAUGUGCUGUCCUGCACUCUGAGGUGGUGGUGGCCCUGAUGUUGCAGUACUACGUGCUCUAUGAGACCGUGACACCUUCUGACAUCGUGGGAGCGGGGGUUGUGCUGGUCAGCAUUGCCAUCGUCACUGUCCAGAACUUCAGCUGUAAGAAGGACGGGCAGAUGGAGGAGUGAAAUCAGACUUGAGAGCCUGGGGGAGGGUGGGACAGGGGCAAAUAGAAGGAGAGACCGGAAUAAAAAUUAUGGAAGAACAAACGUCUCCAAAAGAAUUGGUGUGGAGCCAGGGAGAUGGCUCAGCAGGCACAGGCUAGGGCUAGGAAGCCUGACAAGUCGCUCGUGGGAGAGGAAGAGAGCUGACUUCUACAAAUGAUUCUUUCCACAGGCUCGCUGUGGUAUGCUCACACACAAUAAAAAUGUAAAAACAAACAAAACCCGAAAAGGAUGCCCUGGGAUUCAAGGGUGGCUUGGGACUCGAUGGAAAGGGAACACCUGAGGUACAGGAAGCCAGCAGGGCAUGGAAUUUAGACUGGGGUCAAGGGAUAAGGACAUAGUUAAGCAGUGAGGUCUCAGAUCCAAGGGACGACUGGUAGUGGUCUAUGUUGAAUAAUCCCACAAACAGGAAAGAGCUUUAGGAAUGAAGUGCGCAGGUUGUCAGGCAAACAGCCAGCUACGGCUCUGGGGCUCUGGGGGAGGGGAGGGUUCCUUUUCCCUUGGGCUCCCUGUCCGGGUGGUGACGUAACACUGACAUCAAACGUGGAUCACUGUGGCCGUGCAGCUGGUGUCGUCUCUGCACUGGAGAGAGUGGAAACACGCCCUUAUUGGAGACUCCUUGAGACCAUCAGCCGCCUCCUUAUUUCUGAAAGGAGAAUUUCCUAAAAGCUCAUAUUCCUUUUUGACCUCAAACUCUCCAGGAUUUUUCAAUUUCUGCCCCGCCACUAAUCUGCUUUUCUCGGACAGACAGACGCGGUCGCGUGAUCUGCGACUCUCGGGUGGCAGCCAUCCUUACUUCCAGA